AUGCCCGCCAGGAGGAGGAUGCUGCCAUUCACGAACCUGUUCCAGUCACUCAGGAGCAGUCGCCGUGGUGGGGACGAUGAGACCGAGGACGAGCGCCGACCCUACUCCCGGACGAGACACGCCACCGCCGAUUUCACAGAAGCCGACGAUGAUGACGAAGACGAAGAAGACGACGACGACGCAAACGAUAAUGACGACUCCCCAAAUGAUGAGGAUCGCGGUGGGAGACGCCCAUCCGGCACGGUGCUACCUCUCUUCUCCGAGUCUCACCUCGAUUCCCUGCCGGUCUACAAUGUCACCCACACAAUCCGGAUGAUAGUCCAGUCUAGGACCGAGACAGCCCUGACUUGGGACCAGCUGAGGUCACCCCAGGUCUCACAGUUCCUGGUCAAGCCCAUGCAGCAGCAGAUCCGGACCCAACAUUUUUCGAGGGCUACCAUCUACGCGCUCAUGGCCAAUUGCCUGCAGUUUGCCAAGGAGGGCCAACUCAACCCAGGGAACGCGGGGACCAGUAGCACCAGGGCGAAGGUCUGCGAGCUUCUCGCCAUAAAGCUCCUCAAAGACUACACCACCAGGGAGCUUAUCGAUGCUCUGUCUUAUGAUUUCUACCCUUUGCAGGGGAUGCCCGGAGCGCCAGGUGUACAGACGCCCCUUACCCCUCGAGAUGGAAAGCCAAAGCAGGCUGCAGCGAGGACCUCAACCCUCGAGGUUGCCAUACGUGCUUCUGCCAAGCACUUUCUGGCGCAUCCGCUUGUCGUGCAACAACUUGAAGCGAUAUGGAACGGCGCGAUCAGUUUCUACUCCUCAGCAGACAAUCUGCACCGACAGAAUCUGAGGGAGUCAAUCGCUUCCUACCGAGGGCGCAGUCCACAGCGGCGAGAAAAUGAGAGGACACCACUUCUCCGAUUUCAAAAGGGACUGGAGCCUCCGAAACCCGCCGGCACGGAUCUACUGCCAGCCAGGCGGACGGUGUCUCUAUAUGACCCGCGCAACGCGUCUUUGCUCAAACUUUCCAGACUUCGUGUGCCGCGCUACAGGCAGUUCUUCUCCACCUGCUCUCUGGCCAUCUUGAUCUGUCUCUUCUUGGCAGUUCUUGUUCAGAGGUCCGACCGCAUCACCAGCCUAGAGUUGGUGUUCUGGUUCUGGAGUGCUGGCUUCAUGAUGGACGAGCUUGUCGGCUUCACCGAGCAAGGCUUCUCAUUGUACAUCAUGAGCUUCUGGAACAUUUUCGACUUGGGCAUUCUCGUGCUGUUGAUUAUAUACUACUGCAUGCGCAUUUACACGGUGUUUCUGGUCGACUCACAUCACGGCGUAGAUGCCUACGAUGUGCUAGCUGCGAAUGCGGUCCUACUGCUGCCACGGAUAUUUUCGGUCCUCGAUCACUACCCCUACUUCUCUCAAAUUCUUCUGGCAAUGAGAAUCAUGAGCGUUGAUCUGGCGGCAAUCUUCGUGUUAAUCUUCAUUUCGUGCAGUGGCUUCUUCGUUUUCUUCCUCACAAACACCAAAGCAGACGCUGCUGAGGUGGCAUACAAGAUAUUCCAAAUCCUCAUGGGCUUCACUCCGGCGGCUUGGGACGUCUGGCCCUCGUACAGUUGGCUUGACAGAACGCUGAUGGUACUAUUCCUGAUUAUUUGUCAUUUUGUGGUGGUUACCAUCCUCAUUACUGUAUUGACCAACUCGUUCAUGUCGAUUGCUUCGAACGCGAAAGAGGAGCAUCAGUUUCUCUUCGCCAUCAAUACAAUUGCCAUGGUGAAGGAUCAGUCCCUCUUCUCCUAUGUUGCUCCUGGCAACAUCUUUGCGUGGAUGUUGAUGCCGUUCCGGUACUUCAUGCCUCUGCGUCACUUCGUGUGGCUGAACCGAACCAUCAUCAAGAUCACACACUUCCCACUCUUGUUCUGCAUAUUCUUGUACGAGAAAUACAUUCUCUCCCCUUCGAUGUUCGAACCGACCGAUUUCGUCGAGCACCCGGAAAGGAGUCGGGCCCGGGCACUGUCCAUGAACCCCGUGGGCAGGUCGUCACUGUUCAGCCCCACCAUCCGCAUCCGAGAGGGUUCGGUUGCCGGGUUUCAACAGGAUCGUGCUUUGGAGGAAGUUUUCCGAAGAACGCCUGACUUUGCCUCCCUGCGCACCCAGAGGAUGCACGAGCGCAAGAGGACUCAAAACGCCGUCAGGAAUUGGAUGGACAGGAAUGAGACCAUACCUGAAUCGCCAAACAACUUGUCGACUAUUGACGGUCGUGCACAACAGGAUUGGCAACGAAAGCUCAACGGAAGCAAAGAAAGAACGCCGGUGAGACUCCGGCAUCUUUCCGAAGUCAGGUCGAUUAUGAGCGACCCGGCAGAACUCAUGUCGACGGUGGACGGAGCCCUGGAUGGCAUGGAUCGGAGGGAUCACGUGGAGCGCAGAAUAUUGAAGGAUCAAGAUGCGGAUGAUGAGCUUGUCACCAAUGACGAAGAUGAAGAUGAGGCGCCAACUGUUCCCAGUCGACGAAGCAUCACGAGAUCCCGGGUCGAGGACGAUGAUGACUAUUUCACAACCCCCCUCGCCACUCGAUUCAACAACCGCAUCAUCUCAACUUCGCUUGGCUCUUCGAACCGGUCACCUGCACACCAGCUAGCACCGCCUCCCCCGAAACGGUCAGGCAUGCAUAACCGCACUUUGUCCUCGAAUACGAUUCUCUUCAACCCACCCAAAAGUGGCCGCCUGCCGCCCAAAGACGAUGAUUCGUCUUCAAGCCCACAUACGAAGUCUCGUUCCCGGCCUCUAAGCGGUCGUCCAACGCCAGCCGAGAGCCCCAGGCACAAGUCGCCGCGGCGCCCUGCCAAUCUUGGCUCUACCCGUCCCAGGCCAAUCAUGCCGCCUCGCGACAAUAUGCACACAGCUCCCCUCAUCAGCCGCUUCACUGGCAUGACCGCUGAUCCGCAACCACGCCGACCAGGGAAGACCCGUCGCAUGUCUUCCUCUGAUCUCCUCGAAAUCCAGUCAGAUCUCGCCGGCGUUGGCGCAGACGACGCAUUCGGAGGCGUCCCGUCCAGCUUUGUCACGCAGAUGGCCAUGGCAACCGGUAUGAUCACGCCUGGCGGUCCCCGCGUCACCGACAAAGCGCAGCGGGAACGUGACAACGAUCGAGACCGGAUGAGUCGGUUGGUAUUGGCGAGGAUGAAAACGCUGGAAGAAGGUUUCUCAGAUAUGGUUAAAGAGAUGAGAGGACUGCAGCGAUCGAGCGCCAUGCCGUCCACCGCGCGCAACUCAGCGAGUGAAGGCGGCUCAAUCGUCUGGGAUGGUGAGGGCGACGGCGUUAGGACACACACGAUAUUCGAGACUGCGGGCAGGAAUGGCGCCGCCACUGGUGGCGCUCGAACUAGCGGGAGAGGCUCCAAAGCCAACUCGGUCGGCAAGGCCAGCGGAUCGCGGCCUGGAAGCCGACGGGGAGGGAACAAGUCCAACCGCAACAGUGUGAUACUGAGGUCACCCGUUGAGUCGACUUUUGGCGGUGACUACAAGGGGAAGGGCAAAGAGGUUGAGACGAGGCGGGACAAUGAGGACUCUGAGUCCGACGGCGAUGCCGAGGCCGACGUGCGGCGGCCGAGCAUCACCCGGAAAGGGAGCUCCUAUUGA